UGUGUGGCUGGGGCCCUCAUGAGACCCAUUGGACCCAAACAAACUACUAUCAAGCCUCAAAAUAAGGUUGUCAUGAGAGCAGAUGAUUCAGAUCUGCAGAAAAGCCAUAAGAAGAAGUCACUAUGGGACAAAAUUAAUAAAUAUUUAGAUUUCUCCCUUUUUAAGCAUAGGGGAUUUCUGAUAUACUUAUCUGGAAAUGUCAUUAUGUUUCUAGGGUUUUUUGCCCCCAUCAUAUUCUUGGCUCCUUAUGCUAAAGACAAGGGAAUCGAUGAAUAUUCAGCAGCUUUCUUGCUGUCUGUUAUGGCUUUUGUUGAUAUGUUUGCUAGGCCUUCUGUAGGAUUUAUCGCAAACUCCAAAUUUAUCCGACCCCGAAUCCAGUACUUCUUCAGUUUGGCAGUCAUGUUCAAUGGCGUGUGUCAUCUCCUGUGCCCGCUGGCAGAGGACUACACAAGCCUGGUGAUAUAUGCUAUAUUUUUUGGCCUUGGAUUUGGGAGUGUUAGCAGUGUCCUCUUCGAAACGCUCAUGGACCUUGUCGGUGCACAAAGGUUUUCCAGUGCAGUGGGACUCGUCACCAUUGUGGAAUGUUGUCCAGUUCUUCUUGGCCCUCCUCUUGCUGGCAAAUUGGUGGAUGAAACUGGACAAUAUAAAUACAUGUAUCUGGCCUGUGGAUCUAUUGUGUUCAUAUCAAGCGUUUGGCUGCUUAUUGGCAAUGCUAUAAACUAUAGAUUGCUGGCCAAAGAAAAGAAUUUGGAACAAGCGAAGAAGAAAAUGAACAAAACUGAGUGCAAAGAAUCUGAACCGUUGAACAAAUCUGAACAUCAUGAUGAUAAUGUCCAAAAUAUGAGACCAAGGAGUAGUCUUUCAGAGAGAGAAACUAAUAUUUAGCAAGAGUCACAUCGCUGAUCUCAGUGUUUAUGACUUUCUUAUGAGUAUUUUUUUUUCCAAAAUAUUGGAAAGGUUUUUAAUUGAGAUGUGGAGUCAUCAUUAAGGAUGGAGAUGAGAUUUUCCUCAGUGGCAAAUGUUAAAUAAGUUUGCUUUUUAAAAUUUAUCUGGGCAGUUAAAUUUUGAGACUAUGCAUAUAAAGAAUCCAUGCAAUGGGUUUAUUACCAUACAUGACUCCGCUUGUGGUGAUUAAAAUCAUUUUUAGUCUUCCAGUGAGUCCAGAUUUAAUUACAGAGAUCUAAAUCCCUUAUCUCUGGUUUAAGUAGUAGAAGUAGUAUGUUUAACCCCAUAAGAAAGCCCUCUCCAUAUUUCAUUUUUUAUUUGAUAUUUAAAUAUAAAAUGGAAAUGAAGGAAAAUAAAUUUUUCCCUUUUGCAUGUAUGUGUGCCCAAAACACACACACAUUCUCAUUCUCACAUACUCACAUGCACACAGAGCAUCUGGAAAACAAAAGACAAAUAUGUCAAAAAAUAUUUACCACUGUACUUUUCAUUUUACUUUAAAUCCAUGGAGAAAAUAGAAAUGUGUAUCUGCAUACUACUUUAUAAGUGGAUUUUAUAAAGAUAAGAACAUGGGUGAAGAUUAAGAUGAUCUUAAUUUGAAAAUGCAACUAACUGUUGUAAAAAGAACAUUUCCAUAUACCAAGUAAGUCUGAAAAAAAGAAAAAAACUCCAUUUUAGACUAUUAUCUCUGAGCACUGUUAUGUUUGAUCAAUCCAUGAACAUGAUUUCUUUAAGGGGGGCCAUUAGUACCUGGUGCUAGAGAACAAAGCCCUCAAAUAAUUUUCAAAAUUCUUACCUAAUAUGUAAAUCAAAUUAAAAGCCUAAAUGGCUCCUAGCAAUGAGCUAUAUGCAUUGAUUUUUAAAAGAUUUUAGUUAGUAAUCCAGAAAGUAAUACCAGGGACUUCUUUUAAUCAGAACUCAAUCCAGACUCAUUGUCACACUGAGACAUCAUAGUGGAAUCAACCACAAUCCUGAUUGGCAGGCUUACAAGUAGGCCUAAUUCUAACUUUUCACAGCUCAUAGCCAGUGAUCAGAGGAUUAUUGUUAUAAGUAAUCCAUCUGAGUAAAGCUUACUAAAAGUAGGAGGUGCUUAUAACGAGCCUUCUAUGCUCCCUCAUUUUCCUCUCCUCCCCAAAAUGCAAAAGCAAAAAGCAAACCCCAGUAGGCGUUUUACUCAGCCACUAAAAAUGCUUCAUAUUAUAGGAAUACCAGCACUUGAAGAGUCUGCCCUCUACUGGUUAGACUUCCUGCUUCCUGUGAAUACAACUAAACCAGGAGAUGAGAAAUAAACACUUGUAAACUGGAAGCUGUGUGUGACUUGGUAUACACUUGGGAAGUGUAGGUAUGGUUUAUAAUACAUUAGCAAGAAGUUUUCUAUGUUGCAGCCCAGGUUAAUUGAGCAGUUUCUCAUUUUCAUAAUUAUGUGAAAACACCUAGAAUCUGAAUCACUCUUGAAUCUAGAGGCAUAUGAUAGUUCUGUGUGUUCAAAACCAUUUUGAGUGAUAAAGUAUUUUUAAAUAAGAAAUACCGUGUGCAUUAGGGCUCGAUUUGUGAGUUUUUACACCUAUACAUCAGAGGUUUAAGAUCGUGAUUAAUGAAAAGCAUUUAGUGCUUGAUUACUGAAGUGAUGUCCCUCUUUAAGAUAUCAAAAGGAAUUUUUUUUAUUGCAGUAGAGGCCAGUGCUCUUCAUAUUUCCUAGAAAAUUAUACCUGAAUACCAAGCUUUUGUGAUGUUUAACAUUAGGGAAUUGAUUUGUAAAAUUUAUGCACUGUUUAAGCAUGUGGCUCAUCCAUAGGAAGCUAUAUAAAAUUUCAUUUUUCAUUUAACAUUCCCUUUUUUAAAUUUGAAGAGGUAUUUGCAUUUUUUAAAUAUUAGAUAAAACAAUAUGUGCCAAACCAUAGGUGAACAAAUCAAGAAAAAUGUGGCAGUAUUGGCUGUUUUUAAUUUAAUUUCACCCAAUGUUCAGUCUUGAAUGAGCUGUUUUCAUUAUUAGUGUUUUUGUAUCCAUCCGUAACUCAUCACAAGAAAUGUGGCAUCAUAAAUUAUGUACUAAGUCUCCAAUCUUAAACAUUUCCAGAAAAUGUACUGAAUUCUUUGAAAAUACAUAUUUAAAUUAAUAUAGCUAUCAGACCCCAGGAGGAAAUUAAACAACAAAGUAAUUCUCAAGGGGCGUUAGGACUAAGGCUGCAGUCCCUUUUAACACAUGCUGGUAGAGACACGCUGGUGGAUACGUUCCAGUGACUCCUUCCAUAGAAGGACAUUUAUUUUCUCGUGAGUUUCUUGUUAAGUCAAAACUAAUUUGUAUUUGUUCUUUUGCUCUCUGGUCAUCUUCAUUAACUUUUCAUUUCUAACACUGAUUAUCUUAAAUUAUUAAAAAAUAAAAGGGAAGUGAAAUUGCACAUUCAAAGCACAUGAGGAGACGUAUACAGCAAUGCCUGGCAUAGCACUAUACAAAGCUACAGAUCACACACAUAAUUCCCAUACAUAAAUGUUGAAAAUUAAAUUAGAACACACUUGAAACAGUGUUGUAGGCCCACAUACGGUAUUCAAAAUUGUUCCAAGGGAAAAUUAAUUUUCUAGGUGUUCACUUUUCCUUGCACUUGUUAGAAUAUAUGCUAUUUGAACAGAAUCUUUCAAAGGUUGAGAAGAAAUUAUCAGCCUAGAACACUAAUUAUUAUGUAGUCACAUAAAUGGAGGAGGAAGUACAGUUAACAUCUGUGUCUGCAACAAUUGGUGUAGAACAUAUUUCUUCCCCAAGGGACUAACAGGUUUUCGAUGUUCAAGAAAUCAUGAGUAAGAUCAGAACAUACCAUCAAUAUCCCUUUUAGUCCCAUUCCUCCAUUAUGGAAUUGUACAGAAGGAAGAUUAUCAUAAACAAGGGUACUGAAAUAAUUUGUGAUCACUGGCUAGUGUAUUUUUCUGUUUGUGAUGAAUAAGCCCCCAGUAUGUCUCACCAUUUAACCUUAAAUAUGCCUACACUGGUUAAUGAACAGAAUAUUGGGUAUAGACUUGUCCUGGCCUAUUAUUCCCACCCUCUUUUCCGAUCCUUUUUGGAUUCAGUCAACACACUGAGAGGCAGUGGAUCAGGCUGUUAGUGUAUGUCACCUUGGAGACUAUGUUUUCUCAGUGUAAACUCACGGCUCAUCAGUUUCAUUCACCCACUUUAUCUCAUACCACCCCCACCCCAGACACUAGGAAGUAAGUAAAAUAACUAGGUUUGAUAUAUUUGACUAUGCACUUUUAAAAAAUUGUUAUUUUUUUACUCAUUUUUCUCUGGCUGCACAUGACAAUCAAGUUUGAAAAAAAAAA